AUGGAGGAGUUAGCAAGGUUGUAUAUAAAUAAGAACAUUAAGAAGAUUCGUGCGAGAAUGUUAACUGCUCAGAAUCGACAGAAGAGUUAUGUGGACCAGAGAAGGAAACCAUUAGAGUUUGAAGUAGGAGAACAUAUAUUUCUGCGGGUUACACCGACAACUGGGAUUAGAAGAGCAAUCAAGACCAAGAAGUUGAAUCCGAGGUAUAUAGGACCAUUUGAGAUCCUAAGGCGAUUCAGGCCGGUGGCAUGUCAAGUUGCCUUGCCACCUCAUCUAUCUAACCAACAUGACGUAUUCCACGUGUCACAACUCCGUAAGUACACAUCGGAUGCGGCUCAUGUAUUGGAGCCUGAAUUGGUCGAGUUGAGAGAGAGCUUGACUUUCCAAGUGACACCGAUGAGGAUUGACGAUGCCAGUGUGAAGAAGCUGCAAGGAAAGAAAGUUCCAUUGGUUAAGUUUGCUUGGAAGAGGGCAGGAGUUGAAGAACAUACUUGUGAAUUGGAAUCCGAGAUGUGA